AUAACAUUUAUUUAUACAAAAUAGAAAAGAGAGAGAGAAUCAUAUUAAAAAAAAAAAAGAAGGCCACCAGGUGUCACCAUCUGGGGUCCUUAGAGAGAAGAGAAAUACGCCUCCUUUUGGGUCCCUCCGUUUCUCAAGAAGGUGGGGCUGCCUGGCUGCUUCCUUAGGGUUAAACAUAUCUUGUUUGUUGUGUAAAAGAUGGAGUGCAAUCGAAAUCAAACGAUCGAGGAAAUCGACGAAAGCAUCAACAACAACACCGCCGUCAUCAUCAAUGAAGAACGCCAUCAAUCCAACAAUACAACACCCACUUUCUCAGCUUCUGACGCCACCUUAAUGGACCCCAACCAACCCAUGAAAGAAGAGGAUUUAACAGAUACGGAGCCGCAAGAAUUGGCUAACCCAACCCUGGUUCAAGUCGUGCCUGCUGCUCGAACCCAACGGUCUUUGGCCCCCAAACGCCCAUCAAAAGACCGUCACACAAAAGUCGAAGGCCGUGGCCGUAGGAUCCGCAUGCCCGCCGCUUGUGCUGCCAGGAUUUUUCAGCUCACUAGAGAACUGGGUCACAAGUCCGAUGGCGAAACGAUUAGGUGGUUAUUAGAGCAUGCCGAACCAGCUAUUAUUGAAGCUACAGGCACUGGUACGGUCCCUGCUAUUGCUGUUUCCGUUAAUGGAACUCUCAAGAUACCAACUUCUUCAGGGAAACAAGAAGGCGAGUUGCCAAAAAAACGUAGGAGAAGACCUUCUAACAGUGAGUUCAUUGACGUUAAUGAGCAUCAAAGUUCGGUGUCUUCAGGAUUGGCACCCAUUGCUCCCAUGACCUGUAACAGUUUCAAUUUGAAUUCACAAGGGUUGGUUCCUAUAUGGCCUAUGGGUACUUUUGGCGUACUCCCUGCUGCACCUGGUUCAAACCAGGCACAGUUGUGGGCGAUUCCAGCAACUGCACCGCCGUUUUUUAACGUCACAGGUCGAUCAAUAUCUAGCUUUGUGUCUGCUAUGCAACCAGAGGUGCAGGAUUCCAGUGUUGGGUCGAUGGGCUCAAGUGUUUUGCCCACUUCUAGUUCAGGUGCUACUAGUGUUAGUAACGGUAAUAAUAGUUCAAACCAUAGUACUACGCAGAUGCUUAGGGAAUUUUCUUUGGAGAUUCUCGAUAAGAGAGAGCUUCAAUUCUUGGGUAGUCCUGCCAACCAGCAAGCCCCAUGUUCGAAGCCUGAUCACAAACACUAGGUUAAGUUUCUUUGAUUUCGAUGAUACAGAGUAGAGUUGUUAGGCUCAGGAAUUUUCUCUUUUUUUAUAUAUAUAUUUGUAGUAAAAAAAAUUGGGAAAAAAGUUCCUAACAAAAAAAGUUUAUCAAAAGAGAA